UUUGAGGUUAGAAUAUUGAGGUUAGAUCAGUAUUUUGGGAUUGUUUACAAAUAAAAAAGAAGUUUCUCUGGAAAAAAUGGAAAUUGAAGGAAGAGUGUGCAGAACCUGUCUCAAAGGAGACAUUGAGCUAAUCCCACUGGACGUAAAGUCCGAGGAUGAGUUACAAGGAAAGCAAAUGUUGGAAUAUCUCUUGGGCAGUGAGAUCCUUGAUAGUGAAAUCUUCUCAGCAAUCUGUGAACCGUGCAGGACAACACUAACCGUGUCCUGCACCUUCAAGCAACAGUGCAUCCUGUCUGAGGAGAAGAUCACGGAAUAUUUGUAUGGAGAUGACAAAAAGGAUCUCUUUAAAAAGGAAGAAGUUGUUGUAGAAACAUACGAAGAUCCCCUGACUGAUGAUGAAAAUGCUGAUUAUGUGGAAGAGGAGAUUGUUGAAGCUCCUCCUGAAUCACUUGACAAAGAGAUUGAUGCUGAUACAAUUCAUGCCACGGAUAAUUUUGAAUUAUAUCCACCAGAUAUGCCUUUAUCACCCGAAGAACUCCAGGAGAAUGACAAGGACGAAGAUGAGGAAGUUGAUCCCCAAGAAAAAUCACCAGAAAGUGCUGAGCAGUUAACUAAAAAUUCACGGAGAUGCACCAGCUGCCAAAUUACCUUUGCGGAUUUACCUGCUUACCAAAAACACUACCAAAAGCAACACAGACGGCGAAAAGGAGACAAGUCACCGAAGGACUCAAAGGACAAUGAUAAAUCCACACCAAAGGAUGAUAAAAUCAGACACUGUGGAGCGUGUGAUAAAACAUUCCAGGGUAUUAACAAGUACAAAAAUCACUACUACCACGUGCAUGCGAAGAAGCCAGGAAAAAGACAAAAAAUCCCAAAAGAGUUCAAGGAAAAGGCAGACCCGCCCCCAAAAGCUUCGGAAUUGAAGAAGAAGAAAAUCACAAAAUCUCCCGAGAAGCAGGAACAAAAAUCAGGAAGUGGAAUGACUUGUCGUCCAUGUCAGCUCACAUUUUCCGACGUAAAAGACUACAGAACCCACUACUGGCAUGAGCACGUAAAGAAUCAACCAGGAAGCAAUAAGAAGACCGUGUGUGAGGACUGUGGCAAAACCGUAAGCUUGUGCAGGAUAAAAAUCCACAGAUUAGCUCAUCGGGGCAAGUCCUUUUUCUGCUCAAUUUGCUCAAUGGGAUUCACAAUGAAGGAAAAUCUCACGGUUCACAUGCGGAUUCACAAUCAAGAGAAGAAGUUCACGUGCAAGUACUGCAAUGAGAGUUUUGUUCAUUGGAGAACGCGCAAGACGCACAUCCUCAAGUACCAUGAGACGGAUAAACAGCCUGAAGCCUUUGAAUGUAGCAUGUGUGAUAAGAAAUUUGGUCAGAAGUACUAUUUGGACUUCCACAUGCGCAAACAUCGUGGUGAUCUCCGGCAUGAAUGCUCCGUUUGCCAGAAGAGAUUCAUCUCUAAAUAUGCACUUAAAAUGCACUUGAUAACACAUACGGGGGAGAAAAAUCACAUUUGUACAGUUUGUGGCAAAGCUUUCGGGACAAAGGGGGUCCUAAAGUUGCAUAUGGUCACCCAUACGGGAGAAAGGAAUUACGUGUGCGACGUAUGUACUAGAUCCUUCACACAGUGCCACGUCCUGCGCUCACAUAUGCGUGCAGCUCACCCAGAACACCCACUACCACCGCCAGGAACGAUCCUGAAGAAGAACUACAAAGGUCCUCUUGUCAUUCAUCAAGAGACACAAGAAUUGUCUCAAAUAUCGGAAAAUGAUGAAGAUGAAAUGCUAAAGUAUGACGAUGAUGAUAUUUCUGAGCAAUCUGUAAUAAUUGAAGAAAUUGCAUAAUAAAUUAGCCGAAAUUGCA